UCCUAAGAACAUCCCUCCCAGAAAAACUCUAAAAGGGGAUUUUUGUGUAUUCUUUAUGGUGAAAGUAGAAGCAGUAUUCAUUUGAUAGUGAGUUUUAUUGGUUCAUUAAUGAUCAAUGUAUCAUAAAGGAUGGUAAACAAAUAUUGUAAUUCGAAAUAGUUGAUGAGCUGAUGGUAUUUUAAUAAUAUUAAUAUCGAUCAUGGCCUUAUCAGCCCCUGGGACGCCUAGAAAUGUCAGUAUGAAAAAAGGAACUCCUGGCAUGGUUGACAAAAUAACUCGAACUGUCAUACGAACGCCAAAAACACAAUUUUCAACACCAAGACCCAUUUGCAUGACUCCAAAAUCAAAAAGGCUGAAUAGUUUACCUGAUACUCCAGAAUGUUUCAGUGCUGUUGCAGUUGAAACACCUAUAGCUAAAAGACGUAGUAGUAAGGACAAAUUUGAUGAAAUCAGUAACUUAACAGUUGCUGUAAGAAUACGACCUAUGAAUUCUCGAGAACUAGCAUGUAUUGGAGCUGUAGAUAUUGUUAAGGUGUGUGAUGACCAAUUGAUCAUAAGAACUCAAAUUGGUAGCAAUGGUAAUAUGAGUACAGAUCAUGUUUUUCAUUAUGAUCAUGUAUUUUGGUCAUGUGAUGAAUUGAAUCCUAAAUAUGCUACACAAGAGGAUAUCUUUAGAACCCUUGGAGACCCUUUACUUGACAGUGCAUUCAGAGGAUAUAAUGCCUGCCUUUUUGCUUAUGGACAGACUGGUUCAGGAAAAAGCUAUAGUAUGAUGGGAAAGAAUAUGUGUGAAAUUAUUGAUAUUGACUCUCAGCAGUUCACUGGAAUUACACCAAGAUUUUGCAGAAAUCUCUUUGAUCGAAUAUCUAAACUGGAGAAUAGUGCUGCUAGUGUUGAAGUCAGCUACUUUGAAAUCUACAAUGAAAAGAUUCAUGAUUUACUUGCUAACUCUAAUGCUAUGAAUAGAGCUCCUUUAAAAGUCAGGGAACACCCAGAAUUGGGACCCUAUAUUGUUGAUUUGAGCGUACAUGUAGUCAAAAGUUACAAGGAGCUAAGAAACUGGUUACUUAUUGGAAACAAAAAUAGAGCUACAGCUGCAACAGUCAUGAAUGAAAAAUCAUCUAGGUCACAUAGUAUUUUUUCAAUAGAAUUGUGUCUAUCUGAAGGAUUGAUAGAAGAAGGAAGUAGCAGAAGAAGUAGAGUCAGCUUAGUUGACUUGGCAGGAAGUGAGAGGUUAGGAAACUCACACAAUACUGAAGAAAAAAUUAGAGAAGGUGUUUGUAUCAAUAAGUCUUUAUUGACAUUGGGAAAAGUAAUUUCUGCCUUAUCUGAUCAAAAAAAGAACCAGUUUGUACCUUACAGAGAUUCAGUUUUAACAUGGCUGCUCAGGGAAAGUUUGGGUGGAAAUUCGCUAACAUCUAUGUUGGCAACCAUUUCACCAGCAAACACCCAUUUAGAUGAGACUUUAGCCACUUUAAGGUAUGCUUGUCAGGCGCGUUCCAUAAUAAACCGAGCCAGAGUGAACGAAAAUCCCCAUGACCGUUUGAUUCGAGAGCUUCGUUCAGAAGUUGAAAGGUUACGAGCACUGAGAAAAGAUUUUGAGCGGACUUCUCUCUCCUCAUCCUCUCUGAUAAUGGUCAAUGACAGUAGCAACGAAGAACUUGAAGAACUGAGACAUAAGUUGCUUGAUACUGAGUCGAAAUUGCUGGAAGCACAGAAAGACUGGGAGAAACGAUUUCUGGAGACUCAGAGGACUCAGCUGAAGGAAUUGGCUGAUGCUGAAAAGUACAAAGCAGAGCUUGAGUCUAAAGUAAGGGUUAUGAAAACGGUGGAUACUAACGUUAAUUUAUCUCCAUACAGAACUAAUUUUCUUGAGGAGCUGGAAGGAGUACUCACUGAAGAAACUGUAGGAUUAUGUGAUAGUGACCUCCUGGACUUUAUUAAGAACUGGUGUUGCAAAAAUGGGCUCAUUUGCACAUUCAAUUCAGAUUCUUUGAUAAUCAGGAAUCCCCUUGAACAAAAACAAGCCUUUGUGCUACUGGAUUCUAUUGAUUUGAAGGGUUUUGAAAAUAUCAGUGACUUUGUGAAUAGUUUAACUUGGACUGAUAUGAAGAAAUCUGUGAAAAAAAUUACCAAAGUGGAUAUCUUGACAUCUAUGAAUCAAAUUUAUCAAGCAUUAUCAACACUUCAACCUGCAGAGAAUGAUAACAACUUGAACAUUAUAUUUGCAAAAGUUAAUAAAGCCUUGCAAAGUUAUGAGGCAGCUCUAUUGAAUAGUAUCAAGACUAAUGGUACACAAAAAUCGGUGACUUUCAAUAUGUAGUUAGUGUAUUUUGUGAUUUAGGUUCCAUUGUUCACUAUACAAUUUUUAUUAAUGCAGGACAAUAAUAUAUAGAAAAUAUAUUUGUGCCAUACUUUUUUUAAUCAUAGGUGUUUUAUGUGUAGACAGUAGAUGUAAAAAUAAUGAUGACAAUGUGAAUGUGAUAGUUUUGUAUAGUCAUCUUGGUUUUUAUAUUGAAAACUGUGACGUCAUCAUCUAAUUAGGUGAAAGGAAUGCCAUAUAUGAUGUAUAUUUAUUAAUGUACUCAUUUUCUUUUUAUGUUGUAUUUGUGUCAAUACAUAUAUACUUACUU